AUGGCUCGCACGAGGGCUGCUACACCCGCGUCCAAGCGCCCGACGCGCGAGCGCCACCCGCCCAAGCGGUUCGAUCCCGCCGACUACACGAGCGCCGGAGGAGCUCACGCACCCGCGCCGCCGAAGAAGAAGAAGGUCGCGGCGUCGUCGUCGGCGAGGAAGGGCGGUGUUAAGAAGUCUGUCGUUGGCGUCGACGUUAAGGACCUCGCUGGGACGGUGCUCGCCACCGUCUACAACCUCACGAAGGACGAGCAGGUUGGCGUCGGGCACCGCAAGGUUCACGACACCGUCAUGGAGCGCUUCCAGGGUCACGGCGGCGCGUCGUCCGUCCAGCUGAAGAAGUCGUUGAAGCAGGCGAAGGACCUCUUGGUCGACAAAGGCUUGCUCAAGAAGAAGCAGACGGACAAGGGCGGCGGAGUCCUCGCGGUCGACGAGGCGGUGGGCACUGAGCUCGAUGAGCUGAAGGAGGACGAGAGCGGCGACUACGACGACGACAAGCACGCCGCAGACGUCUACCUCACCAACCGCGGCAUCUCGACGUCGACGGCGAAGAAGCCUGGGACGCGCAAGCGCACGACCUCGGCCACAUCCGGCUCGACGGGCAUGGCUACUUCGGGCUCGUCGCCCAAGGGCUCGACGUCGCCGGCGAAGAAGUCGAAGAGUGUCGUCUCGCCGUACUCGGAGAAGGGCGUCAACGUCGAGCCGGAGAGUGCGGGAGAGGCGGACGUCGAGACGGACGAGGAGGAACCGCCUUCGUCGCCGCUCAAGUCCAAGACUCGCGCCAAGAUGGGCAAGAAGGUGGUCGUCCGUGUGCCGCAGGUUUUGGGUCAAGACGCGUCGUCGAGGAAGAAACAAGCUGCGACGGGAUCGCGUUCUCCGCCUCGCAAGAGGGUCAAGCUCGCCGGAGACGCCGCUGCCGCGGCCGAAACCGGCGAGGAAGACGAGGCCCAACCCGCGAGCGAGGCCGAGGCUGCAGACGCGCAGAACAAGGUCGACCUCAAGCCCCUCGGCAAGUCAGCGCUGCAGAAGCUCAAGAAGGCCGACCUCAUCGCUCGCCUCGAGGCUCAGGCUUCUGCCGACAGCGAGCGCAUCGCCGAACUUGAGCACCAGCUUCAGACCGUCGCCGAGACCAACGUCUACUACAGGGCGAAGACGAUGAUCUACAAGCGCACGGCGGCUCAGCACGGCGGCGAUGUCAGCAGCGACGAGGAGGACGAGGAGAUCAAGGCGGCCGUCGACGAAGCUUGGGCGCGCCGUCCUGUCGCAUCGGACGGAGGCGGGGAUGCACAGGUCGAGGAGCUCGAGGAGGGCGUCGAGGAGGAAGAGCACGAGGCCCGCCAACCCACACCGGGCCCGUCGACCGGCGCCGCAGCCGUCAAGGACAAGGGCAAGGGCAGAGCGAAGGUGGUGCUCGAGCCGUACAUCGACAUUCCCGCGACGUCGCGCCAGAAGCUUUCGCCCGCUCGCGAAGAAGGUCGCCGCAACGGCGAACAGCAGCUCGGCGCCUCGGACCUCAAUGCGGACGACACGGCUGCUCAGGAUGCCUACGAGGCCAAUCAGGAGGCGCGCUCGAGUCGCGCUUUCGCCAUCGACGACUUCCUCUUCGACCGCGCUUCCUCAGCGCCUUCGCCCGGUCCAUCGGCUGGCACCAAGCGCGACACGGACAUCGCCGCCGAGAUUGACGGCGGCAGUACGACUGCCCGCAACCCCUUCGCAGCGGCGUUCAGGAUUCCUUCUCCAGUCGGUCCAGCUCCGGCGAAGGAGAAGAGGCAGGUGUCGGCGCCGCCUUCCUCUGCUCGCGAGCGUGCCGAGGGAGACGUCCUCGCCACCGAGCGCGUCGACAAGAUGGGCGAAGAGCUCGAGCUGAGGAGCAGGCUUGCUUCCGAGGUUGCGAAGGUCAACAGCUCGCGUAUCGACCUCGACCUGCUUCAGCGCGGCCACCACGACAUCCUCACUGACUGCGCCGAGCGCAUCCUGGCCCUCGAAUCGACGCGCCUCGACCUCCUCUACCGGUACAACGGCGAAGCUGCGGCGCGUGUCGCCCUCCUGAAACAGCUCGACGUCGCUGGUGCCGCCGCAAAGGCGAGUCCGGUGGACAUCGCUCGCCUCGAGGAGCGCGAAGAGGCCUAUCGCCGCGCGCUCGGAGACUCGUACGCCGUCGAGGACGGCUUGCGCGAUGAGCUCGCCAAGAAGGACGCCAAGAUCGCUGAGCUUGACCGCGACUUGCAAGCGUCCGAGUCAGCGUACGAGGCGCUCCUCGCCAGCGACCGCGAGGGCCAGGAGCAAAGGCAGCAGGCGGUGAGGCAGGUGGAGAAGCUCAACGGGGAGCUGGCGGCGACCAAGAAGGAACUGCUCCGUGCCCAGGAGUCGCUCGCCGCCGAACAGAGGACGGAGAAGGGCAAGGUGGAGAAGGAAAACGAGCAGCUCAAGGCCGAACUCGACAAAGCUCUAGUCGAUCUCUCGACUGUGCGCACUCGCUCAGCGGAGCUCGAGGCGGACCUCGAAGGUUUGCAGAAGCAGGUCGAGCUCCUCAGUCAGGAGAAGGCAGUGAACGAGGCCGCACUUCGCGAAGCCUCGUCGAAGAACCAGCAGCUUGCAAACGAGAAGAGCAAGCUGCGCGAGGAGGUUGUCGGGCUGCAGGCCCGCCUUCAAGCCACCGAGGCCGAGGAGAAAGCUUUGACGCAGGCCGACCAGCAGGCGAUCACGGCCAUGAAUGGCGACCUCGCCGCGCUCGCCGGGGAGAAUGAGGACUUGCAGGACGUCUUGGAGGAACUUCGUCCCUUGGCGGAAAAGUACGUUGACCACGAAGACCUCGAGUGCGAGGCAGUAAAAGAGAUGCAGACGUGGAGGGCUCAGGUCGAGUCGCGCGACGCCAAGAUUGCGGGUCUCGAAGGCGACCUUGCGGCGCAGCUCUGUGUCGACACGGAGCUUCAGACGCGCGCCGAGGAAGCUGAGUCGGAGCGUAACGAGUUGCUGCAGGAGAAGGCGGCCCUCGAGCAGGACAAGGUCGCACUCGAGAAGGAGAAGGCGGAGCUUCAGCUGGCGAAGGCUAUGCUCGAGCAGCAGAAGGCGGAGCUCGAGGACUCGCUCGCGUCUUCGGUCGCCGGCAAGGCUGCGCUGGAGAAGAGGCUUCAGAGUGCCGAGGGCGAGCGCGAUGCAAUCGGCGAGCACGUCUUCCAUGCCGUCGACAGGUUCUCUCUCCCUCGCUUCGCCGCCAAGCCGCCUUACUCGCUCCAGUCUCUCCUCGCCGCCGUCGACUCGUUGCUGAAGCGCAUGCAAGAAGCCGAUGCACAGGUCGCGCUUCUCGGCACCGAGGCGGACGACCUAAGGAGGCGCCUCGAGUCCGCGAAUGUUGCCGCUCGUGCCGUCAUGUCGUCCAUCGCCGCCGACCACGCCAUCAACGUCUCGUUCGACAAUGUCGUUGAAUUUCCGUCGCUGUUCGAGCAGAUCCGGCAGUACCUCGAGGACUGCAAGGCGUCGAUCGACGGCUUGAAGGCGGACAAGGCGUCCCUGGAGGCCGAGUCGCAGGCGGCGGCGACGAAGGCCGCGGCAGCAGACGCAGAUGCGCAGGCGAAGGAGCGCGCGCUCGUCGGACGCGAGCAGGAGCUCGACGAGAGUCGCGAUUGCUGCGCUCGUCUCGAGGGCCUCGUCUCCCGCCUGAACGGUCUCGUGCAAGGCCUCGCUGGCGACGUCGCCAAGGAAGUCGGCGAAUUCGACCUUCCGACUCUGCGCAUUGCCUCUGCUGCUGCUCCUGCGGCGUCGCCCACCGGUGCCGGCGCGGACACCGUCGCGUUGGCAUAG